CUCCCCCGCACCAAUGCUGCCAGACCUGCUGAGUUUUUCCAGGGGAUUAGAAGGAGAGGACUUGCUGAUGGGAAACUCAAACCAAACAUUAGAUCAAGAUCCGACAGAGCCACUCGAUUCAUCAGGAUCUGAAUAUGAUCGGCCUUUGAACACUUGAAAGCUGGAAGGGGAAACGUUUGUCUGUUCUGUCUGUGGGAGAAGAAUUCAACCAUCGGUGUGAAUGGAAAAUCACCGAGACACUCACACACCCGAGUGAGAAUGUUCCAGUGAACUGACAAUGGGAAAGAGCUUUAACCAGUUACACAGCCUGAAAAAAACAUUACACUGUUCCCAGUGAAGAGAUCUGUACAUAUGCAGUGUGUGUGGACGAGGCUUCAACUGAUCGACCAACCUGGAGAGACACAAGGACACCAACACCAUGGAGAAACCAUGGAAAUGUGGGGACUGUGGGAAGGGCUUCACUUAUCCAUCCCUGCUGGAAAUGCAUCGACGCAGUCACACUGGGGAGAGGCCAUUCACCUGCUCCAUGUGUGGGAAGGGAUUCACUCAGUCAUCCCACCUGCAGACCCACCAGCAAGUUCACAUUGAUGAGGGGCUGUGUAACCCCUCAGGCAAUGAGAACAGCUUUCAAAGCUCCAAGGACUUAGUCAGGCACCAGGUUGUUCACACCAAGAAACAGUUCAGUUGCUCUCACUGCGGGAAGGUGUUUAAACGAUUGCCAAAUCUCAUUGAACAUGAGCGCACUCACACUGGGGAAAGGCCAUUCAUCUGCUCUGUGUGUGGGAAGGGAUUCACACGAUCAUCCCACCUCGCUACACAUCGACUGGUUCACACGGAUAAAAGACCUUUCAAAUGUUCUGACUGUGAGAAGAGUUAUAAAACCACAAGUGAUCUGCUGAUCCACCAGCGGGUUCACAAUGAGGAGAGGCCCUUCAGAUGCACAGUGUGUGGGAAGGGAUUCACUCUGUCAUCCAGCCUCCAGAAACACCAGCGAGUUCACACUGGGGAGAAGUCAUUCACCUGCUCCCUGUGUGGAAAGGGAUUCAUUUAUUUAACUAGCCUCAGAUCACACCAACUUGUUCACUCUGAUAAGAAACCUUUCAAAUGUUCUGAAUGUGAGAAGAGCUUUAAAACCACAAGUGUUCUGCUGAGACACCAGCGAGUUCACACUGGGGAGAGACCGUUCAUCUGCUCCAACUGUGGGAAGGGAUACACUCGCUCAUCCCACCUGCUGACACACCAAUGCACUCACACUAGGGAGAGGUCGUUCACCUGCUCUGAGUUUGGGAAGGGAUUCACUCGGUCAACCCAUCAGCUGACCCACCAGUGAAUACUCAAGUGAGUGCAGUGGUUGGAUUCUGCUUUAUGGCUGUUGUUAGUCACAUCCAGGACCGAACCAUGUUCAUGCUGAUAGUUGGAGCUUUUUUCUGCUGAUGUUUUUAAUCCCUGUAACUGGGCUGGAUUUUAAUAUGUGGAUAAAUGUCAAAUUAACUAAUAUUGUUUCAGGCACACUGUCGAGACCUUCAUUUGUCCAACAUAAGAGAAGAUUAAUUGAUGUCUUGUUGCUGACUGCUCCAUUUUUGGAGUCUUUUCUCUUUUCUAACUCUAGAUUAUUUCAGUUCUCGUGCCUUCAAUUAGUCUCACAGACAAGUCCCAGCUCCCUAUACCUUCCAGAUUGUCUCUCCUAGCCUUGGGAUCCAGGGAAGGUAUCGGUAACACUCCCGGGAUCACUAAAUACAUAACCCAGUCUUUUGUACGGAUAUGCUGGGAUCAUUGAGGAUGGUGAUGUUUGUGGAGCCUCCUCUUCCUGUUAGUUGUUUAAUUAUCCACACUUUUCCUGACUGGAUGUGGCAGGACUGCAGAGCUUUGAUCUGAUCCAUUGUGUUUGGGAUUGCUUCACCCUGUCUCAAGCAUGCUGCUUCCACUGUUUAGAAUGCAUGUAGUCUCAUGGUAUAGGGUCACCAGAUUGGAAUCUCAGUUUUAGGAAUGCCUGGUGCUACUUCUGACAUGUUCUCCUGCAGUUUGUGUUGAACUAGGGUUGGUCCCUUGGCUUGAUGGUAAUGGUAGAGUAUGGGAUAUGUGGACCAUGUGGUUACUGACUGUGGCUGAAUACAAUUCUGCUGCUGCUGAUGAUCCACAGCACCUCAUGGAUGCCCAUUUAUAUCUAGAUCCAUUCUGAAUCUAUCUCAUUUAGCAUAGUGAUAGUGCCUCACAACAUGAUGGACGGUAUCCUCAGUGUGAAGAUGGGACUUUGUUUUAUAAGAUCACAAGAAUUAGGAGCAGGAGUAGGUCAUUUGGCCCCAUGAGCCUGUUCCACCGCUAAUAAGAUCAUGGCUGAUCUCAUUGUGGCCAUAACUCCACUUUCCUGUCUGCCCUCCCCACCCUGCCGAUUAACUCUUGAUUGCCGGGAUGAAGAACUGUAGCUACAAGGGUAGAUUGGAGAGGUUGGGUCUGUUUUCCCUGGAGAAAAGAAGGCUAAGAGGAGACUUAAUAGAGGUAUUCAAGAUUCUGAGGGGUAUGGACAGAGUAAUUAGUGAGAAACUGUUGAGUGCAUCAAGAGCUAGAGGGCACACAUUCAAAAUAAUGGGCAAAAGGAGUAAAAGUGAUGUGAGGAAUUUUGUUUUUUACCCAGAGGAUGUUUGGAGUCUGGAACAAACUUCCUGAGAGGGUGGUGGAGACAGGUUCGAUCGAGGUAUUCAAAAGGGAAUUGGAUUGCUGCCUGAAGAGAGAAUGUGCGAGUUUACAGGGAUAAGGCAGGGGUGUGGGAUGAGGUAGAAUGCUCUUUCAGUAAGCCAGUACAGACUCGAUGAGCCAAAUGGCCUCUUUCUGCACUGUAAAGAUUCUGUGAUUCU